CCAUCACGCUUCCUUGCUUUCAUUACUAAGGCAACGGGGCCCGCGGUGAUGAGUGAGUGAGCUGAAGAAGGCUGAUGACUGGAGAAUUUUUGAGGCGUUCUUCAACUUCCUCUGCUCGGGUCUGACUAACUCUUUACCAAGCAGCGCCUCUGCCUUCCCCUCUUCCUCCCCCUCAGGCGCUGCUCACGCGGGUGUGGGGGGGAGGGGCUCGCUUCCCUCCCUCACCCCACCUUAGUGGCCGCGGCCCCAGCGCGGAGGGGGCGGGGGUUGCCCAUAUUUAGAACGUUGGUGACGUCACUCUCCUUAUAUGGGCAGUGCCGUCAGGAGCCGGCGUUCCAUUCAGAUAAAUUUCCUCCCCGGCGAACGGAAUCCCCUGCUGCUUCGGUGGAAAUGCAACGGCGGAGCGGGGCGCGCCGCAGCGGCAGGCGGGGGGAUUAGGGGACCCGCUGUAACCGCUCAAGCCCGCCCGUUUAAGCCCCCGGUCCCUACAGCAGAGGGGACCCCCCCCCGCUCCCUUCCCAUCCUCAAUUUAAGCCACGCAAAAGCGAGACCCCCGUUCAGUGCAGCCUGAUCCGCCGCCGGCGACGCUCGAGGAGAGGAGCUGCGGCCGGAGACUGCGAUGAAGAAGGUGACGGCCCUCGACUGCCGCCAGCUCCGGAAGCUCCUGCGGAAGGAGCCUUCCCGCAGCCUGGUGCUGGACUGCAGACCCUACCUGUCCUACUCGGCCUCCCGCCUCCGGGGCGCGCUCAAUGUCAACCUCAAUUCGGUCGUGAUGCGCCGGGCCCGCGGCGGCCCCGUGCCCCUCAACUUCGUGGUGCCGGACGAGGCGGCCCGGACCCGGCUGCUGCUGCCGGGGGAAGGGGCGGCCGCGGCGCGCCUGGCGGCGGUGAUCGUCCUGGAUCAAGGCACCGGGCACUGGCAGAAGCUGAAGAAGGAGAGCACGGCGCAGAUCGUCCUCAACGCGCUGCUGUCCAGCCUGCCCGAGACCGGAGCCAGGGUCUGCUUCCUGAAAGGGGGAUAUGAAACCUUUUACUCUCAAUAUCCUGAGUGCUGUGUCGAUGUAAAACCCAUUUCCCCAGAGAGAAAUGAAAUGGAGAGAAACCUCAACAGCCACUGUGAGAAGCAGAGCACCAACCACAAACCGGCUUAUGAUCAGGGUGGUCCAGUUGAAAUCCUGCCUUUCCUUUACCUUGGCAGUGCCUACCAUGCUUCCAAGUGUGAGUUCCUAGCCAACCUGCACAUCACAGCCUUGCUCAAUGUCUCCCGGAAAAGUUCAGAGUCCUUUAAAGAGCAGUAUUGUUAUAAAUGGAUCCCAGUGGAGGACAGUCACAUGGCAGACAUCAGCUCUCACUUCCAGGAAGCCAUAGAUUUCAUUGACUGCGUGAGGCGAGCUGGAGGCAAAAUCCUGGUGCACUGUGAAGCCGGAAUUUCACGCUCCCCCACUAUCUGCAUGGCUUAUCUCAUGAAAACGAAAAAGUUCCGCCUGGAGGAGGCAUUUGAUUACAUCAAACAACGUAGGAGUCUGAUCUCACCAAAUUUUGGUUUCAUGGGCCAAUUACUACAGUAUGAGUCAGAGAUCCUGUCUUCCACUCCUAGCCCCCCUGUUGCCUCAUGCAAAAGGGAAGCGGUGUCUUUUUUUGCAGAAGAACUGACUUUAAGCAAAAACUUUGAAGGCUCAUGUUACACAUUUCCUACCUCAGUCUUGAGUUCUGUGCCCAUUCGUUCUCCUGUCCAUCAGCUAAAACUUAGUCCUAUUACUGCAUCUUCAUCAUGCUAAACCCUAUUGGAAAUGAGAAUAUAUGUUCCUUUGUUACCAACUGUGAUUCCAAUAAGAACAUUUCAUGAACGUGCAAUACAGAAGGCCUCACUGAUUUAUUCCAAAACAGAAUAGUCAUAGUUGGUGAUAACUUGUGUAUAUGGACACUGACUACAAACAAAUGUGAUGUACGCAGGGCUGGCUUUCUAGAGAUUUAAUGUCCUCUUUAAAAACAAACAAAACAACACUGCUUUUCUAAGUUUUUAAUCAGUGCAACCACUACUGUACUUCCAGAUCCCUAUGGAACAAUGGAACCCCUUCCACGUAAAAGGGUCAGACCCAUACAACUGUCUCUCGGUUACAAUUUUUCAAAGAGAUAGGAACAGCCUUGUUUAAAGUGUAAGCAAUAAACAGUAUCAGGAAAGAGCAAGUCAAAUGAAAAGCACAAUCCUUGAACUGACAGGGAGGGCAAGCACUCUAAUAUUCAUUUUGCCUGUUUCCUUGCUGUUUGUUUCAUGCGUCAGGGAUUAAGCUGAUCUGAAGCUGGGGUUAGGAAGAAACUUCCUUUUGUGGUUUUAUUAGUGCAGAAUCAGGGGCAUUAGAGGGGGUUUUCACCUUUCUCAGAAGCAUCAGGCAUUGGCCACUCUCUGUGACAAGAUAUUUGAUUACAUGGACCAUUGAUCUAUUUAGGUGUGGCGUUUCCUGUGUUUCUGCAUUUGCCUUUGUACUGUAUGUGCUUUUACCUAACGCAGAGAACCAGGGACUUUAAAUGAAGUGAUCAGGCUAUCCUGCUGAGCUAUUAAUCUCAUCUGUUAUUUAAGAACUGCCCUGUAAUACUUGAACAUCUAUCUAACCCUCCUCAAAGUUACUCUUCCAUCCAUUGAAACUGUAAUUGGUGGCAUUUAGACUAAAAGUCUGAGCCCCGUCCUCUGACCCCUUCAAAGUGUUACUGGUUCGUACUAUGUGGAGAAAAGUGGUCUUGUUCAGUGUUACAUGGCUUGCUGUCAUAUGUAUGGUCACUCCCACCUAAUGUUUCUUCUGGUAAAAUUGUCUCUCACGAGGGGACUGACUGUCUUUUGUGUUGAGUUUCUGUGUCUGCAGGGAGUUCGGUAUGUGCUGCUGCUUUGUCCGUUGACUUUUUUUAUUGUUGGUUUUUUUAUAUGGGAAAUAGCAAUAAUUCCCUGAAGAUCUUGUGAAUGUGAAAGAAAAACUGAAAUGUUUUCAUGGAGUGUAAAAUAAAAGAAAAACUGUUGAAAAA